ACACACUCACACGGGCAGCAGAGCUGACAGAUGCAUCCCUCCUCUGUCCACGCAAAGAAAUCCCGCAAAAAAUAAUGCAACAAAAUUAUCACAAAAAUUUCCCUCCCCUUCCCCUCUCCCUCUUGAAAUCCCCCAUAUAUAUAGCCUUGUCUAUAUACCUAUAUAAUACUGCCACCAAUAAACGUCGAGAAGCAAAGAGAAAGAACAAAGAAGAAAGCACAUGAUUUGAGAAGCAGAAGAAACGAAAUCACUCAUUUUUCAAAAGAACAAAGAAGAAAUUACUGAAAAGAAGAAGAAGAAGAUUAUUGAGAUGGCAGCCGUGGCUUUUUCGCCUUGGAUGAUUGGAGUCCAAGAUCGUUUUCCUUUAGACCCGAAAUGCCCUUUUUUUCCUUAUAAUUCCCUGUCUCAUCCUCCUCUCCGGUGCUCCUCCCCUCAACAGUUUCGACAAAUUAUCCGGGCCACCUCUGCUGUUGCUCUUGAACCAGAAGCACAAAUUGAAUCAAAGGAGGGCUCAAAAAUUGACUUGUUUGCCUGCCCAAUUUGCUAUGAUCCAUUAGUAAGAAAAGGUCCUUCAGGAUUUAACCUGCCUGCAAUUUAUAGAUCUGGUUUUAAAUGUAGAACGUGUAACAAGACAUAUUCAAGCAAAAAUAUCUAUCUUGAUCUUACAGUUACUGCUGGUUCAAAGGAUUACAAUGAAUUUAAACCUGCUGGAACUGAGCUAUUUAGGAGCCCUCUUGUUUCCUUCUUGUAUGAGAGAGGCUGGCGUCAAAAUUUUAAUCGUAGUGGUUUUCCUGGGCCUGAUGAUGAGUUCAAGAUGGCGCAGGAGUAUUUUCAACCUGUAGAAGGCGGUGUUCUUGUAGAUGUUAGCUGUGGAAGUGGCUUGUUUUCCAGGAAGUUUGCCAAAUCGGGGACCUAUUCAAAAGUUGUUGCUCUUGACUUUUCAGAAAACAUGCUUCUCCAGUGUUAUGAUUUUAUCAAGAGUGACGAUUCUAUGUUAAACUCCAAUCUUGCUCUUGUAAGGGCAGAUAUCUCCCGACUUCCCUUUCCUUCUGGUUCAGUUGAUGGCGUUCAUGCUGGUGCAGCCUUGCAUUGUUGGCCAUCUCCUUCUAAUGCUGUUGCUGAAAUCAAUCGUAUCUUGCGAAGUGGUGGUGUUUUUGUGGGAACUACUUUUCUUCGUUUCAGUUCAUCGACUCCUGCAUUUUUGAGGCCUCUCAGACAGGCUGGGCGGAACUACAACUAUUUGACUAAGGAGGAGAUCGAGGACGUGUGCACGUCAUGUGGUCUUAUAAACUAUACCAGCAAAGUCCAACAAUCGUUCAUCAUGUUUUCUGCGCAGAAACCUUGAAAAUUGGCUUAAUUUGAGUUGGAAAUUAGAUGUUUGCUUCUCAAAUCUUUUCCUUUGCCUGGGGUUAUAAUCGAAGUCGAUUCUUUCUGGAGACCUUUGGUAAGACUUCUGAUUCAGUUGAUGUCCAAGUUAUCUCUACCCUGUCCAUCAUAAACCCAACAUGUAUAGGCCAAAUGCAAAUGGUAGACCGAAGAUGUAAUCUUGAUAUUCCAUAGAUUAGCUUAUUCUGACAUUGAUUCGUAAUCUGUAAUACAAAUAACGGUGCAAUGAUGAUGGAUUCUCAGUGCAGAGCGUACGUCAUUCCAACAUUUCCAGGCUUUGACCAAUGCAGAGCAAGUGGAAAUUUCACACAGUAUCAUGAAUAAUUUGCUAGAUAUGUGUUUAACAUUCUGGCGUUCGCUGUC